AGUCUCUCUGACAGCAUCUGUGUUGGGUCUGGGCUCUGAGUUGUCCCUUUCUCCUGCUGAGGGACCAGGAGAUGAACUGUUGAGCCACGGCUCCAGAAGCAAAAAGCUCAGCUGCAGACAAGGGGGGAUCUGCCCAUCGUGGGGGAACAAGGAGAACUUUGUUAAACUUACGGACAACGUGAGCCCAGGGGGGCUGAGAGGCAAGGAUGGAGAACGCACACGCCAAGACCACCGAGGAAUGUCUGGCCUAUUUUGGGGUCAACGAGAACACUGGCCUGUCGCCUGAAAUUGUCAAGAAGAACUUCGAGAAGUAUGGACCCAAUGAACUUCCAGCUGAGGAAGGAAAGUCCAUAUGGGAACUGGUGGCUGAACAGUUUGAAGAUUUACUGGUCAGGAUUCUGUUGUUGGCCGCCUGUAUAUCAUUCGUACUGGCCUGGUUUGAAGAAGGUGAAGAGACAGUCACAGCGUUUGUUGAACCAUUCGUCAUUCUCCUUAUCCUCAUUGCCAAUGCAGUUGUCGGCGUAUGGCAGGAAAGAAAUGCAGAAGAUGCCAUUGAGGCCCUCAAAGAAUAUGAACCUGAGAUGGGCAAGGUGUACCGUAGUGACAGAAAGUCUGUGCAGAGAAUCAAGGCCAGAGAAAUUGUGCCAGGAGACAUUGUGGAAGUAGCUGUUGGUGACAAAGUCCCAGCAGAUAUCAGAAUUAUCAGCAUUAAGUCUACCACCCUCCGUAUUGACCAGUCCAUCCUCACAGGAGAGUCUGUUUCCGUCAUCAAGCACACAGAAGUUGUCCCUGACCCCAGAGCUGUCAACCAGGACAAGAAGAACAUGCUGUUCUCUGGUACCAAUGUUGGAGCUGGCAAGGCUAUUGGUGUUGUCAUUGCCACAGGGCCUAACACAGAAAUUGGCAAGAUCCGUGAUGAAAUGGCUGCAACAGAGCAAGAUAAGACCCCCCUGCAGCAGAAACUGGACGAGUUUGGAGAGCAGUUGUCCAAAGUUAUCUCUCUCAUCUGCGUUGCUGUGUGGUUGAUCAACAUUGGACACUUCAAUGACCCCAUCCACGGUGGCUCUUGGAUCAAGGGCGCCGUUUACUACUUUAAAAUUGCUGUGGCCUUGGCUGUCGCUGCUAUUCCUGAGGGUCUCCCAGCUGUAAUCACCACUUGUCUGGCUCUGGGUACAAGACGUAUGGCCAAGAAGAAUGCUAUUGUGAGGAGUUUGCCCUCUGUAGAAACCUUGGGUUGCACAUCUGUCAUCUGCUCAGAUAAGACUGGCACCUUGACCACCAACCAGAUGUCUGUCUGCAGAAUGUUCGUGCUUGACAAAGUUGAUGGUGACAUCUGCUCCUUGAAUGAGUUCUCCAUCACAGGAUCCACCUAUGCCCCUGAGGGAGAAGUUCUGAAGAAUGAUAAGACUGUGAAUGCUGGCCAGUAUGAUGGGCUGGUUGAAUUGGCCACAAUCUGUGCACUUUGCAAUGACUCUUCUCUUGAUUUUAAUGAGUCCAAAGGAGUCUUUGAGAAGGUUGGAGAAGCCACUGAGACUGCACUGACAACUCUUGUUGAGAAAAUGAAUGUGUUUAACACAGACAUGAGGAGCCUGUCCAAGGUGGAGCGUGCCAAUGCCUGCAACUCUGUGAUCAAGCAACUGAUGAAGAAAGAGUUCACCAUGGAAUUCUCCCGUGACAGAAAGUCAAUGUCUGUCUACUGCACCCCAGCCAAAGCUUCCCGAGCUGCCGUUGGCAACAAGAUGUUUGUUAAGGGUGCCCCAGAGGGUGUUAUCGACAGGUGCAACUACGUACGUGUGGGCACAACCCGUGUUCCACUUACUGCAGCUAUCAAGGAUAAGAUUUUGACUGUGAUCAAGGAAUGGGGAACAGGCAGAGACACCCUGCGUUGUCUUGCUCUGGCUACAAGGGACACCCCACCCAAGAGGGAAGACAUGGUGCUUGAGGACUCCACCAAGUUUGCUGACUAUGAGAUUGAUCUUACCUUUGUUGGUUGCGUGGGUAUGUUGGACCCCCCUCGUAAAGAAGUUAUAGGCUCAAUCAAGCUCUGCCGUGAGGCUGGUAUCCGUGUCAUUAUGAUUACUGGUGAUAACAAAGGCACAGCUAUUGCCAUCUGCCGUCGUAUUGGCAUCUUUGGUGAAAAUGAUGAUGUGUCUGGACUUGCCUUCACUGGACGUGAGUUUGAUGACCUCCCCCCCGCAGAACAAAGAGAGGCCUGCAAGCGUGCUUCUUGCUUUGCCAGAGUCGAGCCCUCACACAAGUCCAAGAUCGUGGAGUUCCUGCAAUCCUUUGAUGAGAUCACAGCUAUGACUGGUGAUGGUGUGAAUGAUGCCCCAGCUCUGAAAAAGGCUGAGAUUGGUAUUGCUAUGGGCUCUGGUACUGCUGUGGCCAAGUCAGCCUCUGAGAUGGUGUUGGCCGAUGACAACUUCUCCACAAUUGUGGCUGCAGUAGAAGAAGGCCGUGCCAUCUACAACAACAUGAAGCAGUUUAUCCGCUACCUCAUCUCCUCCAAUGUAGGAGAGGUUGUCUGUAUCUUCUUGACUGCUGCUCUGGGUCUUCCUGAAGCUCUGAUCCCUGUGCAACUGCUGUGGGUCAACUUGGUCACAGAUGGUCUGCCAGCCACAGCCCUGGGAUUUAACCCCCCAGAUCUGGACAUUAUGGAUAGGGCACCUCGUAGCCCCAAGGAACCCCUUAUCAGUGGAUGGCUUUUCUUCCGUUACUUGGCCAUUGGAGGUUAUGUGGGUGCUGCCACUGUUGGAGCAGCUGCCUGGUGGUUCAUGUAUGCCGAUGAUGGACCUGAAGUUACUUUCUACCAGCUGAGCCAUUUCAUGCAAUGCACUGAGGAAAAUGUUGAGUUUGAGGGUCUGGAAUGCGAAAUCUUUGAGUCUCCUGUACCCAUGACCAUGGCUCUGUCUGUACUGGUCACCAUUGAAAUGUGCAAUGCCCUCAACAGUCUGUCAGAGAACCAAUCUCUGAUCAGGAUGCCCCCAUGGGUGAACUUCUGGCUGUUGGGCUCUAUUUGCUUGUCCAUGUCCCUCCACUUCCUUAUCCUCUAUGUUGAUCCACUUCCUAUGAUCUUCAAGUUGACUCCUCUGGACCUCACUAAGUGGCUUGUUGUCCUGAAGAUUUCCAUCCCUGUCAUCCUAUUGGAUGAACUGUUGAAAUUUGUUGCCCGAAACUACUUGGAAGAAAAAAAGUAAAGUAAAGCGAACUCAACUUUGUACUGAUUACAAAAAUCAGAUCUCAGCCCAAAUCCUCAUUUCUAUUUUUCUUCCCCCCCAACCAACAACUCAUCUUUUUCAAUUUCAUCACUGCCAAACCUUUCCCCCAAACCCCUUCUCCAGAGCCUUCCAAUUUGGGGUUCUCUAAACCUGGUCCCGAGGGUGAUGGAAUUCUUGGGCUGUUGUUCUGUAGCCAAGUGCCUUAAUCUUCCAUACAUGACCCUUUUUAUAAAGUGACCCCCCAAAACCACACCAAUAUACUGUACAUAUAGAACCGGUCUCCCCAAUCCGGACAUCUCAGAGCUAAAUUCUAGUCGAACUCGGCGAGAGAGAAGAACACAUGGUCGGUGUUGUGUAAAGUGCAGUAUCACAUUGUUGAUUCCUCUCCAGCCCCGCGAGGGAGUUGCCGCGUGUAGCAGAGAUACGGACGCGAGAAAACUACGAGGAAUCUCUUAUAGCUAUUUAUUGAAAUUAAAGAAUAAUUUAAACUCUGA